CACGCAAAAGCUGGCAACUACGUCGGUCAGUUACGUAGCUUACGUCGUCAGCUGUACAAAGGUUCACCGCAGAAGUGAUGAUUAGACUUCUGCGAUCAACAGGCGAUUCGUGCACGGAUAUUUAACGACCUUAAGUCGGCAGCUGAUCUGUGGGAUCCAGACGGGACUGGAGGAAAAACCAGAACAAGGCAAAGCAGGAAUUUCUGGAGUUUCUUAAGGAAAAAAUGACUAAACCUAAUUACUCCGGCACCUAUCAUAUGGUGGAGCAGGAGAAUAUGGACGCCUACCUGACAGGUUUAGAUGUUAAUGUUGCUUUGAGGAAGAUCGUGUGUAUGUUGAAGCCCACUAAAGAGAUCAUCCAUGACCCAGAGACAGGAGCCAUGAAAAUCAACACAAUCACUACCUUCAAGAAUUUCAGCAUGGAUUUUAAUAUUGGAAAAGAAUUUACUGAGGACCUGGGGAUAGUGGAUGGCCGUACCUGUCAGACUACAGUAGAUUGGGACGGAGACAAGCUGGUUUGUGUACAGCGAGGCGAGAAAGAGGGACGAGGCUGGACGCACUGGCUGGAGGGCGACAAGCUGCAUUUGGAAAUGAGAGUUCAAGGCGUCACAGCAAAGCAAGUCUUCAAGAAGGCUGAAUGAAGUCACUGAAAAUGUUUUACAGUGAAUAGUCUCAUUUUAAACGUAGCCGGUACGAGAGUCGUGUUUAUAGUAUUAUUUAUUAACAAUAUAUUUGAAGUACUGAAUAUUUGUGGAAAAAAACAUUGUUCUGAGAGAAGAGAGUUGUAGAGCUUUUGUAACGGUCUUUCCCUAUAUUGCACAAUCUUAUAAAGAAGUGAUGCAUC